AUCCAACUGAAACACGUUCUUGCCAAUUUGGUUUCUACUACGCAAGCGCAAGAAUUACGGUCAGUUUGUGUACAAACAAUCCGCUGCGCAUAGUUUAAAAAUAAUAGUCGCAUACACGCACGAUCUUCAGUUCUGUUCUGAGUUCGAAUUUUAUCAGACCAUUCCGUUUGUGGUAGACACAGUAAGUAGUGUGUAGCGAAACUCUUAGAAGAUAACGAUUUAUGCGUUAUUCAUAGUGAGUUUUUGUAAAAAGAACGUGAUACAUCUUGCACUUCUUGGUCUAUUCGAUUUGAUACGGUGAAAAGCACAUACACCCGGCACUGUAAUCUGUCGUGCCUUAUAUAAGCAAAAAGGAAGGCGAAGGAAGGCGUAGUGCGCAUGCCUACAAGGUGGCAAAUAUUUUUGUUGUGAAACAUUUGGACCUCAACGGCAAGAUCUUUCUUUUGUUGUAGGUGAAUUAAGUGACCAGAGAAGGGGUUCGGUGUUUUGAAGCAAGAUGUCCAAGAAGCUGCCCGUCCGCUCGCUGAGCGAACUGACGUUGGCGGAGCUGGCUGGUACAAUUGUGGGUGCGAUCGGUACCAUGGUACAGACGAGCCAUGCGUUUGGCAUUCCACCCGACUACACACUGCUGAUGGUGGAGAUCAACUCGUACAUGGACAAUCUGGGUGCCACGAGCAACAUCUAUGAGGAUCUGCUGCGUGUGAUCCUUUGCUCGGAUUCGCUCGAAGCGUCGAUGCGUUUCUGCUGCUUGCAAAUGCUCCUAAACGAUGGCGUACUGUGUCUGGUGACGGAGAUCUUCCCACUAGCGUACUACGAGCGUAUACUGCAGGUGAUCGCUGCGCAGGGUCGUGGAUUGCGCCAGCUAAACAUGAAAGGUGUUUGGGUGAAGGAAGAAUGCAUGUGCUACAUGUUUGAGAUUGUGAAGCGUUUACCGCACCUGACCAAACUAACCAUCCCUCACAUUGCGAAUGAUAACCUGCUGAAGCACAUCGCCGACUAUAGCCAAUGUAUGAGACAGUUGGAUAUUAGUGGCGAAACGGACAUUACGGAGAUCGGCAUUGAGUAUCUUUGCUAUGGCGAAUGUCGAAACCAUCUCACGUACGUAGACAUUGGUUCACUCGGAGAGGAAAACAUUUGCCACACGGAUGUGGCACUGUUACUGCAGAACCUUCCCAACUUAGCCACGCUGCAAUCGUACUCGUUUGUAGGCCGCAGUUUGCAGUACAUUAUCGACAAGAAGGAUGCUAACUUUCGGUGCCGGUUGGUGUAUGUGCACGAUACGGAAACGGAUGCGUCCACGUUGGAUGCGAUUGUGCGCUCCUGUCCACGGUUGGAACACAUCUAUCUCGACUCACCGGAGGCGGGUAUUCUGGAGAAGCUAAGUGCGGUCAAAUUGCGCCGGUUGAAGUUGUACAAGUUUAGUUCAUAUGAGUUAGUUAGCUUGAUGGAGCACAUCGGCAAAGCACUGUACCAUCUGACCGUAAUCAAGGGAUAUGGACCGCUGGAGAUUGAUCGUCUCGUGCGCUCCUGUCCGAACUUGAUUGAUCUCGACUUCUACAUGAUGGAUUCACUGACGUUUACGGGUGACACUAGCUUCGGAAAUCUUCAGGGUUUGGAGAUUUUAAGCAGUCCUAUACAGAAACCUAGCUUGCGUCGUUUCAUCUGCCAUACGACUUCGUUGCGCCGGCUGGCUGUUGACACAGUUACCUUCUCCGAUGAAGACAUCAGCUCGAUGGUGAUCGAGCAUGACUUCUAUCAGUUGGAAGACGUUUGGUUUACAUCGGCACCGUACCUGUCCAUUGCAUCAGUGGAGAUACUGAUGGACCGCUGUCCGGAGCUGCAGAGCGUUGGUCAGCUAAGCGGAUGGGCCCUGACGCCGGACGAUGUGACGCUACUCCGUGGGAUUCUGAAAAGCUGCAACUCCUCACUGAUGAUACAGUCCCUUUGACGGCGUACCCCGUUGCACCCGUACGUGUGGGUACGAAAGCUCACACAAAGAAAAACGGUUGUGAUCUCUAAAUCAGGGGAAUGGAAUUGAGUUUGGAAUUUAUUUUUCUUGGUUACGUGGUGGUAAACCACGUACUCACAACACUGAAGUGAAUUUUCACAUUUUAAACAAUAAACAGCGUACCACACCA